CUAGGACGGAGCGCUGGUGACGUCCUGCCCCCGGCGGAGCGAGCGGGGACGCGCCACGCGCUGCCUGGGGAGUGAGGACCGCUGCGCGUCUGACUGACCCCCAGUCCCUGCUUGGGAACCCAAGGGGUGUCAGAGCCCCCUAUGUGCUGUCCCUCCAGGGAAGAUGAAGACUCUGAACGCGUCCACCAUGGGCAGGGCCGGGCUGGUGGCGGAAAGGAGCUUCUCCGUCCGCAUCCUCGCAGCCUGCUUCCUGUCGUUGCUCAUCCUGUCCACGCUCCUGGGGAACACGCUGGUCUGCGCCGCCGUCAUCAGGUUCCGACACCUGCGUUCCAAGGUGACCAACUUCUUCGUCAUCUCUUUGGCCGUGUCGGAUCUCUUGGUGGCUGUCUUGGUCAUGCCCUGGAAAGCAGUGGCCGAGAUCGCUGGCUUCUGGCCCUUCGGGUCCUUCUGUAACAUCUGGGUGGCCUUUGACAUCAUGUGCUCCACCGCGUCCAUCCUCAACCUCUGUGUGAUCAGCGUAGACAGGUACUGGGCCAUCUCCAGCCCCUUCCGGUAUGAGAGGAAGAUGACCCCCAAGGCAGCCUUCAUUCUGAUCAGUGUGGCAUGGACUUUGUCUGUGCUCAUCUCAUUCAUCCCCGUGCAGCUCAGCUGGCACAAGGCGAAACCCAUAAGCCCCUCCGAUACGAAUGCCACCUCCCUGGGUGAGCCCACCGACGACUGUGAUUCCAGCCUGAGCAGGACGUAUGCCAUCUCGUCUUCCCUGAUAAGCUUUUACAUCCCCGUGGCCAUCAUGAUUGUGACCUACACCAGGAUCUACAGGAUCGCCCAGAAACAGAUUCGGCGCAUCUCGGCCUUGGAGAGGGCGGCGGUCCACGCCAAGAGCUGCCAGACCACGACGGGGAACGGCAAGCCCGCGGAGUGCUCCCAACCAGAAAGCUCCUUUAAGAUGUCCUUCAAAAGAGAGACCAAGGUUCUGAAGACGCUGUCCGUGAUCAUGGGCGUGUUCGUGUGCUGCUGGCUCCCUUUCUUCAUCUUGAACUGCAUGGUCCCCUUCUGUGGGGCUGGGGAGACCAAGCCUUUCUGCAUCGAUGCCAUCACCUUCGAUGUGUUCGUGUGGUUUGGGUGGGCUAAUUCCUCCCUGAACCCCAUCAUUUACGCCUUUAAUGCUGAUUUUCGGAAGGCAUUUUCAACCCUCUUAGGAUGCUACAGACUUUGCCCUACGACGAAUAACGCCAUCGAGACGGUCAGCAUCCAUAACAAUGGGGCUGUGGUGUUUUCCAGCCAUCACGAGCCACGAGGGUCCAUCUCCAAGGACUGCAACCUGUACCUGAUCCCACACGCCGUGGGCCCCUCAGAGGACCUGAAGGAGGAGGAGGCAGGUGGAGGGGCCAAGCCCUUGGAGAAGCUGUCCCCGGCCCUGUCUGUCAUUUUGGACUAUGACACUGAUGUCUCUCUAGAAAAGAUCCAGCCCAUGACGCAGAAUGGACAGCACCCAACCUGA